AUGAUACAUUUCUCCUCAGCCCGUAGAUUUGCCAGCAGACCAGCGAAACUUGUUUGGUGUUCUGGGGAGCCUUGCGAUCUCAGGAAGCAAAAGGAGGAAGAGGAGGAGCAUGAUGAGAGUGAGGAGGAAACACACAAGAAGAAAGGAAAGAAGGCUAAGGAAAAGAAGGUGGGGGGGUUCGUCCGAGAAGCCUCAAAAGCGAAGGAAGAUCUCAAGUGGCUCCUGAGUCGGACAAGGCGCACUUCAAGAGAACGGGCGCUCUCGAGGCGGGGAAGUGCAGCGAUGCUUUGGAGAAAAGAUGUGAUGGCCUUUGUGAAGGUUUGGCGGUUGGGCGCUAUAGAUGUUUGA